AUGGAGAUGCAACGAGUGAUCAGCCGAUCGGAGCUGGUGUCGGUAAGCGGUUCAGAAGACAGUUCACCGGAGCCUACAGCGGCGGAAAGUCUGAAGACACUCGACGCAUUCAAUUCAACCGACUUCACAACGACUACAAUUGCAGCAGAUGUAACGGCCAACCCUGCGAACGAGAGCGAGGAUGAUGAGCUAGACUUUCGCCUCUUCAGCGCAGGCGCAAAACGCCAGGCCGAAAGCGGGAGGGAGCCAACCGCCGUACACAAAAUCAGAUUACGUUCACCCAGUGUCGACAGUGGGAAAGCUGGAUUCAUUCAACCGGAGAGGAACUCAGAUUACUAUUUCACAUCACCAAUAAACAAUGUCGAGAAGCAAAACAUCAUACUCGCCGCAGUGACAGGCAAGCAAGUUCAAGAAAGGGCAAAGCAACCAUGGCCCGGAUCCGCCUACCCCUGGAAAGUCCUCCAUCUAUCUUCAACCCACUUGCACAAAUCCAUGCGGCGCCCGAUACCCGCAGUCUUCAGCAAAGUUGUCGAUGACAGCUCUCCGAAAAAGCGCACACGCCCGGGAAAGAAGUACAGGAUCCGAGUUCGAGCGAAGAAAGCCGCUUCCGAGGCUGCCGUUGCGUCAAAGGAGCUCGCCGAGCGGGAGAAUCGCGCGCGGAAAAACCGAGAGAAGAAACUGAAGAAGCGCGCGCGCGACAAGGUGAAGAAAGCUGCUGCUGCUGCUGGUACCGCCAUCGCCGGAACCGCAGAUAGCGAUGAUGAGGGCUGA